GGAAUAGACGGAAACGAAAAGAUGAACACCUCAAAAUGGCUACCGAAGCAGCACCAUGAAGUGGUCAAACUUUUCGAUCAAGCCCGGGCCCAGGAGCGGGAAUUCCGGGUGCUUGGAAAGAAGAUGGCCACGGAUAUCAAUCUGGAUCUGCCGGAUUACUAUGAAUUCGAACGGUUGCUACAGCAAAGCCGCCAGGGGUUCGAGCUAUCCGCCCACAUCCAGAUGCGGCUGAUACGGAUGUCCGCUUCGUCGGCUGACAAGAACGUGGAGCGAAGUUUCUUCAAAAUCUUGCUCAACCGAAAGGCACAUCUGAUUAGGCAGAACCUUCGCAAACGGCACUUUCAGCUGAUCUUCAUCAUCAACAAGAUGUUGAAGCUGAUGCUCGGACUGACGUACAGCUCGGAGGUGGUCAUCGACGGGGCCAUGUUGCUAUCGACGCUGCACAACGAGAGCGUCGCGUUGGCGCUUAAGACGACGCGAGCGAAGACGCAAGCCGGAGCGCAGAUAUGCAGCAAUUCGUUCCCGGCGCUGAUGUCGACGCCGAAGAAGAUCGAUAUUGGGACAGUUUUGCAGAUUGUAACAAAGCAACGAUCGGAGCAGUGUUGUGCAACGCUGAUCAACUGUCUGCUGGUAACGUGCAAGGGAGCCACUACGGCUACCAUCGAUAAUGACGAUGAAUCGGACACUUCAAGCAUGGAAAUUUUACGGACAUUGACGGCGAACUUCAACGAAGGGAAUAAGAUUCAAGACCCGUUCCAGGAGGAGUUGAACAAUCGACGGAAGAACAGUUUCAAUCUGAUCGCCAGCGGAGAUAUGCAUCUGGGACAUCCGCCACCACCAUCAAACUCCGCUACGAUAACACCCAUUGUGAAGCCGGAGUCCAGGGCGCCAGAUGAAACUGAAUACAACGAUCCUGCCAUAAACUUCUUCGAUGAAAUGGCCGCAGAAGCGGUGGCGUACAACUCCAUCAACUAUCUAGUUAACGAACCGGAAGGAAUCGACCUACUGGAGAAUCUAAUCGCAGACGAAGAGAUCUUCAUCGCCAACAUCCUGAUGAAGGUGAUCAAGCUGUGCCCUUCCGCUUUCGACAAGGAACUUAACAAAGCCGAACUAAUCAAAUGGGUCAAUCGAGGAACGCGCGGUCUCUGGACGCAAGUCGGUGGAACACUGGAGCACGUAGUUCUGUGGUGGAGUAAUUCACCACUAGCCUGUCGACCGCCCGCUUGUGCCAAAUACCUGCGGGACUGGUUGUCGCUGAUAACACCAGACGAAGCUCCCGAACCGAUACUUUCGAUGCUGAAAGGAUUAGGGGAAACCCUGACGGUGCACGUGACCAGCACUAUCUGGGAUCGGCAGUUUCGGCUGGCGAUCGUUGCGUCCAGUCUGCCGGUAGAUUACCCCUUUGAGGAAUCGGAAUUCUAUAGUCCUGCUGCUAUGAUUGAAGGAACCAACUGCGGAAAAGUAUGGAGUGAACUGCUGUAUCAGCUAGUCCAGAUAUCGAACACCUGUGACAUCGGAACCAUUCCCAAUGAACUGCCACUGGUCGAGCAAAUCCCCGUCCUGCAUCGAAUGGAUCACUCAAUUCAUUCGAUGAGAAAUUGGGCCUCAAACAAGGCACGAUCUCUCUGCAUCGAUUGGAACAUGACCAUGUUCUUCAAGGUUGUUCACAGUGACAUUAAUCUCUGCCUAGAACAGUUGCAGUAUCUUCGAGUACCGGAACUGGUCUCUCCGAAUGCCCUGGAAGUUCAGGUACAGGUUUGCGUUGCUUUGCGGGAGAAACUUGUUUCAGAAAUCAAGGAUAACAUACGGAAGCUGAAACAGUCUUGCGCCGAAUGCAUCGACGUAUUGGCCGUUGUCUGUCGUACGACCAGUCUGGCUUCGUUAACUCUUUGCUUUCCGCACUAUCGACACUGGCAAUCGGAAGUCUUACAGGAAACUGCCAACGAGUACGUAGCAUACUUCUUCAACCAAGUAUACCUGCCGGUGAUUGAAGCCACCAAAGAUCUGGACAUCUUGAAGCUAACACUCAAGAUCAUCUGCGAGGCUUGGCUGGAUCACAUCUACAUGAAGAAAACCAAGUUCAGCAGCAGUGGGGCCUUGAACCUGCUGAAGGACUUUGAUGGAGUAGUCGACUGGAUACUGGAAUGCGGAUCGAUGGACAAAAAUCUGAAGGACGUCCUGUCCAAGCACGAAGCUCUGCGAAUGUGUGAAGGUGUCGGCAAGCUAUUGCUGAGGAAACCGGACGAGACGAUUUCGAUUCUUCCCAGCCCGAAGAAGGGACGGAAGGGUGAAGAAACGGAAGGAGACGACAAGGCGCCACUGCCACCGGAGAUGUUCGUUCCGAACCAGAAGCGAUGGUUGAAGCUGCGAGCAAGGGACAAGAAGACGAUGAGCUUGAAUUGUGCCUGUCUCUGCGCCGGUAUGGACGUCUACUGAGCGUUGUGAUUUUUGUUAACAAUUUCAAAUUUUAACGAGCAGUUGCCCCCUUCUCAUCUCGAACAGUAGUCUAGCAGCUUGUU